AGUAGAUCUCCACCAAUACCCUUACGAACCGCUGCGGUACAUUUGUAGAAUCCACAUGAUGUUUAGUCUCGCGGGUGGAUUAUUCGGUCAAAAUGGCGCUAUGUUUACCUCUGUGCUGUCGUUUGAUUAUCCAAAGCUAGCCUCAUGGAGAGUUUCAGUCAUUUAAUUCACCGGGGAAGAUAACUUUUAUUCAACAUUUCAGCGACGGGAACGCUGUAUACAGCUCCGACGACAUACAUUCGGUAAUAAUAACAUAAUAGUGUAACUCUUAGUCCAUAACACGAUGACCUGACAUUAGCUGGUGAAAUGAUAUUUAAUCUCUGAUUUUUAAAUUGAAUUGAAAUAUGCAGGCUGAGGCAACAGAUUCGUCCCUACGUGAGGGCAUUGAGGCUCUUGGAGUAAAGGAUGCGGAAAAUAAAAAUGAAGCCUGCAAAGAAGAAGAAGAAAAGGCAGUGCAACAGGAUGCUGAGAUGAUAGCUGAUGCAGAGGACACCGCAAGCAAGAAUGAAAAAGCACCAGACACAGAUGGCUUUGAAGGGGAUGCACACAUAGAUGCACCUCAACCAGACACAUCACUUCACAAAGAGUUAACGCACGAUACAGACAAGGACGGCGAAUGGGAGCUGGCCUACAGCGACGAGGAAAUGGAGAACCCCAAUAACUGGAUGCCCCCUCCCGCCGAGAUCAAGAGACUCUAUGAGAUCCUGGCUAAAGGCGAGAUGCUGGAGCUUAAUUUCGUGCCUCUUCCGAGGAGGCCGCCGACGCCUGAACGCACCCCUUCACCCGAUAGGGAUGAUGAUGACGAUGCAGAGCAGGAAAGGGAGAGGAAGGAGAGGGAACGCAAGCCUCCAACUCCAACUGAGUUUGAUUUCGAUGAGGAACAAAUGCAAGCCACCCCCAAAAAUUCUUUCAUAAACAGACGCAGAACACCAGGCUCCUCCGCUCGCUCCUCUGUCAAACGAGAAGCAAGGCUGGAUAAGGUGCUGUCGGAUAUGAAACGCCACCGUAAAAUCGAGCAGCACAUCCUUCGCACGGGUCGAGAUCUCUUCAAGAGCGAGAAGAAGCUGGAGGAGGCGCUGUCACCCAACCGCCAAAAGGAGCGCGACAAGGAACGGGAGCGAGACAGCAACCCAAACACCAUCUUCUCCCCGAGGCAGAGGAGAUACUGAACAGUACUGAGAAGGCUCUUUUUCUAAUCUAAACUUGAAUUUUUUUAAUGUAACAAUCUUUGUAUGUUUUCUAUGUCUGUUUUGUAAUAUGAUAAUAAAUAUGUUAACAGAA